AUGGUUAAAAAUCAUAUUGCAAAGCUAAUACAUGCCAUAACCAAGCGUAGGGAAUCAUCAUCUGAAAUUAGAAAUGUACCAGUUGACGAUGCCCGAGAAGAUGAACCAAACCCCAAUCAACCAAGUAUACAGGAUCUACGUAAUAAUAUCGAUGAUACUAAAAAGCAAUUAAAUGAAAAUAUGGCAAAGAUAACAGAAAGAAAUGAAAGUCUUGAUAACGUGAGAAAGAGAUCCGACACAGUAGUAUCUAUUUCUAGUGAAUUAUUUGAUACCAUUGAUAAUGUUAAAAGAAAUGAGGAGCGAUCAUCUAAGCGUUGGUCCUUGUGCAACUGGAAUAGAAACCGUCUCUUUAUCGCUAUCGCUGUUUUAAUAGCUGUUGGUGUUAUUACAUUUUUUACAAUCGUAUCCACUUAA